AGGUAGUGUAUAGCGAGUAUUCGUCCCAGCAAGCGCAGGCAGGCAGAGGAAGGAACUUUCGGGGCCAGGACCAAACCAGUGGGCAACGGCAAUCGUGUUCGGAGGUGGGUGGGAAAGCACGAAUUUGCGAAAUGCCAGGUACCUUCCUGCACCAAUGCAAACUCACCAUGUUGAAUGUACUUCGUCCACGUCUGCGGCCUAAGGAUGACGACGCCAACUACCCUUUUCGGCUCAGUCGUCGACGAAUACUCGACCAUUCGCUCGCAGUGAUUCGCUCCUGAUGGUCCCCAUUUCCCUCGUUCUCUGCGCCUUUUGGCUUCUUUUGGUGAACCCCCGGAGCGCUGUGGAAUUCAACGUGGAUUCGCAAGCUCGUCACUCGCCAGAACAGCGACCGCUUGUUUUAAUAUUGAACUUCGACCACUCAGUACUCACUCUGUCGCCUGUCGCCCAACCGCAAGCAAUGGCGCGAUGUCGCCGUUUCGAAAUGUUGCUGACGACGACUCGACGACGCACGCUUAUUGAGAGAACUUUUUUGACUUUUUUCCUCCGGUCCCCGUCCCCUCGUCUUCGCCUACAGUACAGACGGAGACUAAGACCUGUUUACCCGCCCAUUCUAUCGUCAAUUUCCCCUCGUUGGUGUCGUUUACGGCUCUACCGUAUCGUCGUCGAUGAUGAAUCCACUGCCAAUCUCCUCUCACAUCAACGAAGCCGCAACCUCGAGGUUGAUGAGAUGACAAGAUGGCGGGGCCGCGUAUCGUUCGGGCGCGAGACCAAAUCCGAACUGAGCGAAUCGCUACGAAAAGUGCAAACCAAACCACACAGGCGCCUCGCCUGGCGCUAUGCUGUGCUGUGUGCUGACCCGAGCCGACCAAUUCACUGCCCGACGGAGACGGGCGGCGGGAAGUUGUGGUGGUGCGGCGGCGGCGCACCCUCCCCUGUUCGCUUUCGCUCGCGAUGUAAAUGACAGGUACUGAGUACUCGACUACCCGCCAGGUAUAGCAGUGUGCAUAUGUAGCGAUACAAAGGGUGCCGCAAUCCUGGGUGUGGCUGUUCCGGUUGGCGCUCUGCCUCUUUUUGCUCUCGGCG